AUGGGAGGCCAAAAGGGUCCUGCUGCGAUCAUGGUGGGUGUGCUCCUCAUACUGGGGCUGGCCACUGCGGCGAUGAGCUCCUCGGAGAAGGUGGCCACCGGCGAGAAGACGUCGUGGCCGGAGGUGGUGGGGCUAUGCGCGGAGGAGGCCAAGAAGAUCAUCCUCAAGGACAAGCCCGAUGCCAACAUCGUCGUUCUCCCCGCCGGCUCGAUGGUCACCAUGGACUACGAUCCCCUGCGCGUCCGCAUCUUCGUCGAUACCGUCGCCGAGGCCCCCCACACCGGCUAG